AUGUUUCUCUUUUCCACCCCGGAGUCCAUCCACCCCCAUGUCGCGCCUACAUCGCCCGGUAUGCGAUCCCGAACUGGAUGCCUGACAUGUCGUACUCGAAAGCUUAAAUGUAUUUUCCCCCUGCGAUCUGCCCCGGCGCCGCUAACGCUCUCCGCAGGCGACGAACAGAAACCCGAGUGCUCGCAAUGUCGCAAGGGCGGCCGCGAAUGUCGUCCCAGCGAGGGAAUCGUCUUUCGCCAUCAGCAGAAUGCCUCGAUGAAUACAGGCCUCGCCGAAGCGCAGGAAGGUCGUGGGGAUCUCAAGGGCUUUUUCUCGUACAAGGACUCUUUCGACAAGGAUAGCGUCUGGCUGGACAUUCCAAAACACGUCAUCUUUGUGGACAACUCCGAUCCAUACGCGACCGACCUCGAAUCCUCCCUUGCAGAAUCGAGCGCCCUGGCCCUGGCGCAAUCACGGAAUCAAAGAUGGGGGAGCGGUUCUCGAGCCAGCGAUGCGGAUUCACACGGGCUGGACGCCUUGUCUGCAGUCGCUAGCCAUGACCGUCUCCCCUAUUCUCCCCACUCGAUAUCCGACAGCAUGUCAUAUCCAUCGCCGAAUCGUUCUCGAAGCAGUGUGAUGCCCCCGCCCACGUCGCCGCCGUUAUCCCUUUCUGCGAGUAGCAACAACACCAACAUUAACUUCCUCCUCAACCCCUCCAACUCGUUGUCUCCUCCGGUCGAUCCCAUCACACAUCCCGCUGGCCAACGGAGCGCCUCUCUGCCUUCUCGUCCUGCCGCCGUACAUCGAACCACAGAGGUUAGGGUAGAUGGACAGGCGGAGACAAAUUUCGAAAUCGCUUUUCUGUUGCGGCAUUAUUCUGAAGGGCCGGGAUUAUGGAUGGAUUUAUUCGACCAGGGGACGUACUUUGCUUCGUAUGUGCCUGUACAGGCAAGAUCAAACCCCCUCUUGAAGUAUGCAGCAUGUGCAUAUGCAGCCAAACAACUGGGGCGCGUCAAGGGCACCAAGGCCAAGAUGGGCGGAGUGUGCUCGCGCCAAGCAAUCAUGGAGGUGUGGCCGGACAAAGAAAACGACUUCAUCUGGCAUGGGGCCAAGUAUUAUGAAAAGGCCAUCCAAUUGCUGAUGAAGCAGCUGCAGCCCGGAACAGAGAGUCCGCCGCCGUUGGGUGAGGCAGGUAGUCGUGAUGAUGUAGAGAAUCCGCGGAAGCGCCGACGACGCAUCUCGAACAACCGAAUUUCGCAGGGUGUCCACUCAGACGAGGUGUUGGCCGCGACCGCCAUUUUAUCAGUAUAUGAAUUCUUAGAUGCAACCGAUCCCGCUUGGAAUCGUCAUUUGAGUGGUGUGAAAUCGUUGCUCGAUAUGGCCGAGGUUGGGAUCGUGCCGCCCGAUCGUCGACGGCUAAGUGGAGAUGGUCGAUAUGCGCCGAUGAAGAAUGGUCUUUCGAAGGCCCGCCGGGCAACCUUUUGGAACUUUGCGCGACAGGAUUACCUGGCAGCAUUCAUCAAUGAAUGCCAUACAAGGCUUAACACGGAUGACAUUGUCCUGUGGACAGAGGCCGGCCUGCAGAUUGAUCAAAGGGGUUUCCUAGUCCCGAGUAAUGGUGGGGCAGCCGGGUACCCAGAAGGAGACGACGUAAUGAAAGAGGAUCUGAUUUGCAACGGGUUGAUCUGGAUCUCGUCAAAGAUCGUCAACUAUAUCAGUUCCGGGGACAAGAUCACGCAUGACAAUGGAGGCGAAGGCGGGCCUCUCGGCGUAUCGCAGCAGCUUCUUCUGGAGCGGUGGAUGCGACUCGAGGCCGAGCUCGAUGCGUGGUAUAGCGGCUUGCCCGAUACGUUCCAACCCUGUGCGCGGAUCGAGCCAUCCCAGAUUGCACAUUACAAGCCAGCCGAGGAAGCCCAAGACCUUGCCACUCUGCAAGAGAUCUGGCACAGUCUUCCGAUGUGCGCCUCGAUCAUGCAGCACUAUCACAUGGCGCGCAUCUUGCUGCUGAUCAACAAGCCGCAUGAGUCGACCAGUCGUCGAAAUACCAUCACCCUUCGGCUGCAGUCGUACCGGUCGAUCGAGGCGGAUAUUGGAUUCCAUAGCCGGGAGAUCCUGGGAAUUGCCCUGUCCCGACCUGAUGGGAGCGUUAGAAUCAAUUCGCUACAGCCCCUGUUCGUCAGUGGUCAGUGUGUGACCGACCCGCGCGAACGACGAGUUGCAAUCCGAAUGCUGCGCGCCAUCGAGUCUGAUCUCGGCUGGGCCACCGAGUAUCGCGUCCAGCAGCUGCUGAAGGAAUGGGGAUGGAACGAGAGCUUCCUCCAGCCAGGCACCGGCUGA